GCUAUGCGCAUGCGCGCCGUUCUGCCUCCAACAACAAGAAGCAGGAGCCAGGCAACAUGGCCGACCUGGGGAAGAAGUACUGCGUUAACUGCCUAGCAGAUGUUACGAACCUGCGGCUUCGCUGCACCGACUGCCCGGAUAUCGAGCUGUGUCCGGAGUGUUUCUCGGCGGGCGCGGAAAUCGGCAAUCACCGGAGAUGGCACGGCUACCAGCAGGUCGACGGUGGUCGGUUCUCCCUCUGGGGUCCCGAGGCAGCGGGAGGAUGGACCAGCAGGGAAGAGCAGUCGCUCCUCGAUGCCAUCGAGCAAUAUGGAUUUGGAAACUGGGAGGACAUGGCCGCUCACGUUGGAGCAACCCGAAGCCCUCAGGAAGUCAUGGAGCAUUACGUCACCAUGUACAUCCACGGGAACCUUGGUAAGGCCUGCAUCCCUGACAGCAUUCCCAACCGAGUGACGGACCACACCUGCCCCAGCGGAGGACCCCUGUCGCCGAGCCUCACCACCCCACUCCCCCCGCUGGAGAUCAGCCUUGCCGAGCAGCAGCAGCUGGGCUACAUGCCGCUACGUGAUGACUAUGAGAUUGAAUAUGACCAGGACGCGGAGAAGCUCAUCAGCGGCCUGUCUGUGAACUACGACGAUGACGAUAUGGAAAUUGACAUGAAACGCGCCCACGUGGACAUUUAUGUGCGAAAGCUCCGAGAGCGCCAGCGACGCAAGAACAUCGCUCGAGACUACAACCUGGUGCCCGCGUUCCUGGGCCGGGACAAGAAGGACAAGGAGAAAGAUAAGCCGGGCGCGCCAGGAGUCGCGUGCGGUACUGGCGGUGCGGGGGGUGCAGGAGCCGGUGGUGGCACAAUCGGAUCAGGCUCCACGACAGCAGCAGGAUCAGGCCCCGUUUCCAGUAGCCCCAAAAGAAAGAUCACCAAGGAAGAGAAAGAGCAACGGCUCAGACUACGGGGGCUCUGCCAGUUCAUGGCCCAUAGGGAGUUUGAAGACUUCUUUGAGAACAUGCAUAAAGAACGCGUGCUUAGGGCCAAAGUGCGUGAGCUGCAACGCUUCCGGCGCAACGGCAUCACGCGCCUGGAGGAGUCGGCAGAGUACGAGUCGGCGCGCCACAAGCGAGAGAAACGCAAAGAGAACAAAAGUGUGAUCACGUCCAAACGAGGCGGCGCAGGAGGCGGCGGACUGGUUUCUAGCAUGGGACUCGGGGUUGGAGCUGCGGGGGGAGGAGGCCUUGCUGGUGGGUUGGGGGUUGGAGGUGGGAUCAAAGAAGAGGGCAAAGAUGGUGAGUUUGCCACCAUUGAGAAUCUGACAGGCUUUGAGCUGUUGUCAGACAGGGAGAAGGUGCUGUGUAGCUCUCUGAACCUCAGCCCAGCACGGUACCUGACUGUCAAAACCAUCAUCAUCAAAGACCACCUGCAGAAGAGGCAAGGCAUCCCUGCCAAGAGCCGGCUGCCCAGCUACCUGGACAAGGUCCUCAAGAAGCGCAUUCUGAUCUUCCUCACGGAAAGUGGGUGGAUAUCUCGAGACGCAUCCUAGCGGCCCAUCUCUGAUCAAUAUGUGGAUCGUUGCUGAUAGCUGAUUGGUAUAAUCUUCGUGGGUGGGACAAAACUACUGGCUUUUUUCAAUGGUGACCUUGUGAAUAUGUACAUUGCAAAGAAAGAGGAUGGGGGGGAAAAAUGUAUUUUCAUACCAGAAUGAAAACUACCCUAUAUUUUUACUUUUGGAAAGGGAUGAUAUUACCUCCAUGGGUUUAAUGUACUUUGUGUCCAUAUUGUUACUACAUCAACCAAAAUGCUAACAGGUAUCUCAUGUACCGAAAAAAUCCACUUGCACAUGAAAGAAACAUGGAUUAGAUAUAUUUCAGGACCUCUCAAAUUCUAAUUUGAUUAACCAUGUCAGCUGUUGUAUCACUUAAAGAUGGACUGAUCUCUGUUCACAUCUUUUAACAUUAAAAAAAAUGUUCUUCAUAGUCAGUAAACUCUCAAUUUAUCUCAAUAAAGAAAAAGAAUCAGGGGACAAAACUCUCUCUCUCUCGAUUGAGCACAGGCUACUGAAGGCAAAUUGUAUCUGGGUCCCAGUGAGAGAGAGAGAGAGAGAGUUUAUUUAUAUAUAUAUAUAUAUAAAAGCUGGUAUAUCACUAUUGAUACACAUUUGUGCCAAUCAGCAAGAAAUGUAAAUAUAUGCCAAAGAAUAUUAAAAAGUCAUUCAGACACUGUCGUCAUUAUAAACUGUCCACUAAAUAGCAUCAAAGUCAAAAGAACCUGCUCAGCACAAUUCUCCAAAGUGCCAGUUCACAUAAUAUAAAGACCAUUUUUUCUUCUACUUUCCGUUUCAUUUAUUGAUGUAGUUCCAUUUGGUGUGAGUUGCUGAUAUCUGCCGUAUAGAUGUGACUUAUCUCCAACAUAACGUUACUAAAUGGCACUCUGCUCAUUGUGCUUAAAGCAACAACAACAAUGCCUCUCCAGAUAUCAUGAGCCAUUCACUACUAACAAGGACAACAAAAAUGCGUGUUUUUGAGAGUUCCCUCUUUAAAAAUCAAUUUAAAGGAUUAUUAACAUAAAUACAUUUGCCUGAAAACCCUGGCUUCAGAUAGUAAGUAUUUAUUUCUCCCUAAAAUUGUUGCAAAAAAAAGGUCGACCUACUUUGAUUAGUAAGAGGAGCACUGAAAUCUAUCAUGUGAGAGGAGUAAAACUGUUUAAAUGACGGUAAGAAAUACCAUUAGAGUUAGAUAUAACACCCGUUAUUCAUUAAAGUAGAAAUAAGUAUUCAUUUCUGCAGUGUUGUAUCAGUCGGGCUCCCAUUUGUAAUUUAAUUUAGGUCAGAACCUAAAUGGGUUGUAGUCAGAAACUCCACUUUAUUCAUUUGAUCUCAAAAACGUGGUUUUACGGAAACCUGAAUGUGUCUCAGCUCUGCUGUCCACACAGUAAUGAUAUACACGUAGACGCACAUGAUUAUUAUUAUUAUUAGCUGUCAGUGUCCCUCUUCUAACAGAAGGCAUAACUGAUGACUCAUUCUCCUGCGUUUUCUGCAAGCCGGGCGCUGGCCAUCGCACUAAGAAAAUUUAAAUGUGUAAUUUCAAAGCAGAAGCUCGAGAAUCAAAGAAAGGAAAGGCAUUUGAAUUGAUCUUAAGUUUUGAAGUUGGCCUUUUUGUGGGGAAAUGCAAGUCAAAAGUAGCAUUAGUUCUUUAGCGGUACUAAUUGAAAGUAGAGCUUUGUCAUAUUUCAUCAAUGAGAUGCUCCAAAUCAUCGGCAUAGUUUUGGUUAACCAGUUAAGGGUGACUGGUGAUAUUUUUGAUUUCACUUUCACUUUUGAAAUCCCAUUAAAAAUCUGGCUAAUAUUUUUUUGUUCUAGAAAAAUGCUUUCUCAUAA